AUGCACUCAGAUUCUGCCUCCAGCUCGGACGACGAUGACAUUGAGAUGACCCACCUCGAAGACAUUACCGUUACCCCCAACCCGCGCCUGUUUGACAGGACACACUAUCCGCCGGUCGAGGUCGAGGAUCACGCAUCGGAGGACGGCGAUGAGGGCGAGAUGGCUCUGCUUGGCUCGGGCGGGAACACGCGCUGGCGCGACGAGUCGACAACAGUAGGCAAGGGCUUAUGGGCACAGACGGGAAGCAUCGUUGUCGAGACUGCCCCCACCCUGCUGUUCACCACGAUUGGACUUAUGUUCACCGGUGAACUGCUAGAUCAUGUAUCGCGUUGGAAGGCCAUGAGUCGCAUCAACGAGCUCAUCAUGAUCAUCCCCGUCGUUCUAAACCUCAAGGGAAACCUCGAGAUGAACCUCUCUGCUCGCCUGGGCACGGCGGCCAACAUGGGUGACCUCGACAGCGCAAAAACCCGCAACGCCAUCGUGUGGGGCAAUCUAACCCUUUUGCAGGUGCAAGCCGCCGUGGUUUCCUUCGUCGCCGCACUCGUGUCCAUCGUCCUCGGCCUCAUCGUUCCCCCUGGGCCUCCGCCGCCGCCUCCUCCAGAGCCCGGCAGCGCUGACGAGACCCUGUUCUCACGCCGCUUCCUGUAUAACGUCCGAACGCCAUACCCUGCGCGUCCUUUAGGGGACCCACGCCCCAAGUCUGGUUUCUCUGAAAUUGUCAUGGUCGCCUCCACCGCCAUGUCUGCUACGUGCCUUUCGGCAAUCGUCCUUGGUUCUUUCAUGUGUGGGCUGAUAGUUAUCUGCCGAAAAUUUGGUCGUGAUCCUGAUAACAUUGCCCCACCCGUCGCCUCUUGCUUAGGAGACCUCGUCACCCUAUUCCUUCUUGGGGUAACAUCUACCAUUCUCAUCAGAUUUCUCGGGACCCCUGUUCCAUUCGGCGUGAUAGUUCUCAUCGUGUGCACUUCUGUUGGGUGUGCGGUCCUCACGCGCCGCAAUCCGCAUGUCAAAGACCUGCUAUUGCAGGGUUGGUCGCCCUUACUCGGUGCCAUGAUCAUCAGCAGCGGCACGGGUAUCAUAUUGGACAUGUUCGUCAGCCGUUACGAAGGCUUUGCACUCUUGGCCGUCGCCAUCAGUGGGCUACCUGGCAGCGUCGGCUCCGUCCUCGUCUCGCGCCUGUCCACAUCUCUCCAUGCGUCUGUCGCGGGCUCUCUUCCUACCACAAGCGCCUCCUCAUUCGCACGCAAACCUCCACGUACGGAACCGAGUCCGCGCUUGGUCAUGCUCACGCUGUUCUUCGUCACCCUACCUGUAGAGGUCAUCUUCCUCGCCGUCCUGCGCGCGCUCAAUUGGCUCCGGCUCCCCUUCCCCUUCGUCGCGGCGUCCGUCUUUUUCUUUUGCUUCGCAGUGUUUAUAUCCCUCGUCGUCGCCCGAUAUCUGACAGACUUCCUGUGGUCGCGCGGCUUCGACCCCGACAUGUAUGCGCUGCCUGUACACUCCGCACUUAUGGACCUGGUCGGCCAGCUCCUCCUUGUCGCGUGUUUCGAGCUCGUAUCCGUCAUGGGCAUAUCUGUCGGAUCAAAACCGUAG